CCUCUCGUUCUCGACUGUUAAUGGCGGGCGGCGGCUGCUGAGCGGGACGCAGAUUACCGCUGCCCGCUCGGGGGAAGAGUCCGCUCUGCCCCCUUCCCCGCCCCGCCGCGUUCCGCUCGCCGCCAGUGCCCGAGCUCGUCAGCAUGUCUGUGGUACCGCCUAAUCGCUCGCAGACAGGCUGGCCGCGGGGCGUCAACCAGUUUGGCAACAAGUACAUCCAGCAGACCAAGCCCCUCACCCUGGAGCGCACAAUCAACCUGUAUCCUCUUACCAAUUACACUUUUGGCACAAAAGAACCACUCUAUGAGAAAGACAGCUCUGUUGCAGCCAGAUUUCAGCGCAUGAGGGAGGAAUUUGAUAAAAUUGGCAUGAGGAGGACUGUAGAAGGGGUUCUGAUUGUACAUGAACAUCGGCUACCCCAUGUGUUACUGCUACAGCUGGGAACAACUUUCUUCAAAUUACCUGGUGGUGAACUUAAUCCAGGAGAAGAUGAAGUUGAAGGACUAAAGCGCUUAAUGACAGAGAUACUAGGUCGUCAAGAUGGAGUCCUGCAAGACUGGGUCAUAGAUGACUGCAUUGGUAACUGGUGGAGACCAAAUUUUGAACCUCCUCAGUAUCCAUAUAUUCCGGCACAUAUUACAAAGCCUAAAGAACAUAAGAAGUUGUUUCUCGUUCAGCUUCAAGAGAAAGCUUUGUUUGCAGUCCCUAAAAAUUACAAGCUGGUAGCCGCACCACUUUUUGAAUUAUAUGACAAUGCACCAGGAUAUGGACCCAUCAUUUCUAGUCUCCCUCAGCUGCUAAGCAGGUUCAAUUUUAUAUACAACUGAAUUCCAGUGCAGAGAAGUACAAGAAGCCGUCUCUGUGAGCACAGCUGUAUACAGCGUCAAAUGUGGAAAGGUUUUUGGUUUCCUCUUCCCAUUCCCUAAACUGCCACCUCCCUCUGUUGUUUGAAUAGUAGACUUAAUACGAAGAACUAGAUUGUGCUGUAAACAAAUGUGAUGAUGUUUAUUAACUUUUGGUUUUACCCAUACCUUUUUUUGUACAACAUUAAAGAAAGUGAACUUUC